AUGGCAGAGCGAGCUGCCCAGAUCGCCAGCCAUCUCAAUUACCCCAAGGGUAUGUUGGCCGGGCAGGUCGCUAUCAUUACCGGUUCAGGUCAAGGAAUUGGUGCCGAAGCAGCGAGGUUAUUCGCAAAUGAAGGCGCCAAAGUGAUCGUGUCGGAUAUUGAUGGGACGAAAGCAAGGCAGGUUGCCGACAACAUCAACAAGUCCGGUGGCAAGGCUCUAGCUGUCGCUGGCGAUAUGCUGGAUGCCGAAUACCUCAAAACUCUCGUCAAGAAGGCAGCAUAA